AUGAAUUUGAAAUAAAUUUUCUUUAUAGUUUUCAUAAUUUCACUUGCCUCGUGCUAAGUUAAGUAGCUAGAAGAUGAGUCAAUUCAGUUUGAUACUUAAAACCUUAACUUGAAUUAUCUUUAAUCAUCAACUAUUAAACUCGUGGCUAUUAAAAAAGGUGAUAGCUUUUUAGUAUAAUAAAAUGAUGAUAACAAGUACUCAGUCAAUAAAAAGGAAGUCUGCGCAAGCAUUGAAUACUAAAAAACACUUAAUGAAACAGGAUGGGAUGUCAUAUUUUUAGAUACAAAUUAAUCAUUUAGUCCAGAAGAGUAGAUGUAAUGUGCUGGAUUCUUAGAAGGUCUAGCUUCUAAAUAAGCGAUUGCUGACUUUUUGUUCAAUAUUUCAUCCUAAAGAGGGUCAACAAAAGAAUAAUACAAAGCUUUUUUCACAAAUGUGUACAAUAAUCUACUUUCUAAAGCAAAUAAUCCUCCUAAAAAUACUGAACAAUAUUGGAAUACAGCUAAGUUGUUUUUGAUACAAUUAGUUGGUCUCAAAAACGGAUACAAUGCUUUAGAAAACAAUGAAGACUCUAAACUCGAAUUGUGGUAAAUUUCUUUACCAAACAUAGACGGAUAAGCAGAUGAAAUAGAUUAAUUAAUUGCUUCAGGCAGUUAGGAGUUAGGAGUUAACUAACAGCAAAUAUUAGUUCAUCAAAAAGCUAAACUUAGAAGACACAUUAAUCAUAAAAGAAAAAAUUCUCUUUUUGAGUGGGAGCAGAAUGCCAUGCAUUCUAGAUGCUCUGCUUUCUUUAAAAUCCUUACAGCAGAAUAAGCAAAUGGCGCUAAAAUUUUAAAAGAUAUCUUUGCUUCUCAUUCAACAUGGGAGCCAUUUUCUUCUAUGAACAGAAUCUACAAAUUUUAUAGGUUACCAAGUUUAAUCAGUACACACUCUUGGGUUUAAAUGUCAAGUUAUCCAGGGGCAAUUACUUCUACAGAUGACUUUAUUGUUAAAGAAGGGAAGUUUUUAGUAACUGAAACAUCAAUUUCUUCUUAGAACAGAGACACUGUAUCUUCUUUAAGGGCCAUAGAUGUUGAUAUUCCUGAUUUUAUUAGAGUUUAGACAGCCACUAGUCUUUCUUAAUCUGGUAUGCAAUGGGCGGAAUAUAUGUCAAAAUACGGGGCAGUAAAAAUGUACUCAUCGGAGUGGAUGAUUCUAGAUUAUUCAAAACUUCAAAAAGGAAAAGAAAUUCCAAACAACUCUUUUAUUGUGUUAUCAUCUUCAUAUGAAUAGCAAAUAAUUGAAGAUAAAACUUAAGAGCUGAUAGACAAUACAUAUUUUGCUUCUUUCAAUAAUCCUCAUAAUAAAAUAAUUAGAGAUUACUUGGGUUACACGUAGGUUGAGUAAUAUAAUGAUCUUUUUAGUCUUAAAUAAGAUCCAAGAAACUUAAUAUUCAAGCAUUUCCAAGCCAAAGCAUAGUCAAUUGAAAAAGUCAAAUGGUUAAUGCUCCAUAACUCUUAUAAAAAAAAACCUCUUGAGGGUGAACCCACAUUUUAGUCUUCAGUUGCUGCAUUGGGUGCUCGUGGUGAUAUAGAAGGAGGAUCUAAUUUUGGAGAGGUAGAUGUCAAAGUAGUUAACAUAGAUCUUCUAAAGAAUUUUUCAGUUGAAGCUAUCAGUGGCCCUUCUCACUAAGAGCAGCCUGUAUUUAUUUGGAAAUAAAAUGAUAAUGAUAGACAUUAGGGAUAACCAACUGCUUGGAAUUUCGACUGGGGAACAAUGUCUUUAAGUAUGAAGAGCAGUUAGUGA